AUGAAUAAAAAAAAUAAAAAUAAAAAAACAGUCAGUAGUGUAAAUAAUAGUAGUAGUACUAAUAAUAAUAAUAAUAAUCAAAAUAUAAAAGUAAACAAUAAUAAUAAUAAUAAUAAUAGUAAUAGUAAUCAAAAUGAAAAUUUAAAAGAUAAAACAAAGAAUGAACAAAUAGUAACAGAAUCAAAAAAUGUAUCUAAAUCAGUUAUUAUAGCUGGUUUGUCAGUUUCAAGGAAUUAUAUGUCAUCAAUGUUUGGUCGUUAUUAUUUUGUGUUGUCUGGUGGUAAUGUUUGGUGUGAUACACCAGAUUCCAUUGUAAAGUUAAAGUCAUUGAUUCCAAUCAAUCUCAAUGAUCUACCAAAGGUAUAUCAGAGUGCAUUGCUCAGUGGUGACAGAUCAACAUGGGAGAUUCCAGUGUUUUCAUUCCUUCUUCAACCGAUCUGUCAGAAACUAGGUGGUCAGAAACUGAUAUCUUCAGACAUUCAAUUUAUCAGUGGUAUCACAGAUCUAUUCAAUCAUUACACUUCAAGUGGUGCUGUAUUCGAUUCCACUGAAUUGAAUGAUGAUUUCGAUGAUCUCACCAAACUAUUAUUGAGUGUCGGUUCCAACAAACAAGAGAUUCAAUCACUUCUCUCACUCAACAUCGAACAGAAUAAACAUUCUGAAAAGAAAUCAUCGAUAUUGAAGAAGAACAUCAAAGAACAAAUUAAAAGUCACAAUUAUUUAGAAGCAAUCAAGUUGGCAAACGAAGGUACCAAUAUCUAUGGAUUAUCAGUUGAUACUCUCGCCAAAUUCUAUUUCUAUGCUGGAUAUUCACAAGAGAUGCAACGAUUAAAAACAAACAGUAAAUCAGCACGUGAUGAUAUUUUGUUGAAUCUCAGUCGAAUGAAAUCAAUCAAACCAAAUUGGAAAUGCACUAUUUUCAUGACCGCAGUCAUUCUUCACAACGAUGAAAAGCUUGAAGAAGCUAGAAAGACAAUAGAGAUGUGCCUAUCGAUGAGUCCAGAGUUCAAAUUGGCAAAAGAUCGAUAUGAAAUGAUUCAUUACGAUAUUCUUUUUGGAUUGGAUACUUACCCAGAAGUUACCGAACAGACCAAACAAACACUGUUGAUGCGUGUCAAAGAUCCGAAUUUACAACAGGCCGUAAAGUAUUACUUUGGUAUCGGUGUUGAAAGGGAUCCAAUCAAAUCAUUGGAAUAUUUCGAAAUGUUUCCAAAUGAUGGCGACUCUGUAUUGCACUGUGGAUAUAUCUAUCAAUAUCGAACUGCUUACCGUGAUUUAAAGAAGGCACUCGAGUGUUUCAAACGCGCCUAUGAUCUUGGUUCGAAAGAAGCAACAAACCAAUUGGCAAACUGCUAUCUCAAUGGACAUGGUGUGGAAAUGAAUCGUAAACAAGCAAUCCCCUAUCUCCAACAGUCGAUCAGCAAUGGCAAUAAAUCUGCGAUGAACACCCUCGGUGAAGUCUAUCUCGAAGAAAGCGAAGAUGGUAAAAUCGAACCAGAGAAAGCAUUUGAAAUGUUCCUAAAAGCAGCCAAUCUCAAACCCAAUCCCAAUUAUCAGUCUAUGUAUAAUUUAGCCAGACUCUACAUGAAAGGUAUUGGUGUUGAGAGUGAUGUAGAUGCCGCUGAAAUGUGGUUGAAAAGAGCGAUGGAUAAUGGCAUCAAAGAUACCAAGGAUCUAAAAGGAAAUAUCCAAUCUGUCAGAGGAAUGAUGAAUAUUGCUCCGCAAUUCAAAAAGAUCAUCGAUGCGAAAUCAAACAAUCCAACACAACAAUCAAAUGAAACAAAGAUGGCAGUUGUCGAUCGAUUGGGUGGUUAUGUCAAUCGAUCAAAGGUGGCAGCCAAGUUGUGGAAAGGAAGACAACUAUUCGAAGAGACUGUCACAAUGAUAAAGUCUGGCAAUGCUCAAGAUAAAGAUAUCAUUUCAAACAUUUCAAAGUGCUACCAAAUCGAUGAAAUGGUUGUUGACAGCGAGCUACUAAGAGAGAUAUUCCUACCGAUUCUCAAUCGAUAUCUCAAGGACAAUCCAAUGGAUUUGGAUUCAAGAUAUUGUUUUAUCUAUUUGAAAUACAUUGUCGAUUAUAAAUACAUGUUAAGUUAUACCGAACAAACUUUAAAGGAUUUCCCAAAUUCUCAUUUAAUCUGGAAUUUAGCAAGUAUUGUCUUUGGUAAAACUGGAAAAUUGAAUGAUGCAAUCGGAUGUAAUUUGAAAGCAAGAGAAUUAAUGGCUAAACAAAAGAUAGCGAUUGAACCAUCUAUGCUUUAUUACAGUGCUUUUUACAAGAUGGAGAAACAUAGAGAAACCAUUGAAUUUGGUACACCUCUCAAGAAUAUGGACGAUCUUGCUGAUAUGUUGGAAUUUCAACGAAUUUGCGAGAAGGACGAUCCUCUGAGACCAAGAUCAUAUUAUGAACUAUCGAGUUAUAUGAUAUUCAGGAAUGAUAUUAUGGAUAAGGCGUAUAAAUACUAUCGUAUGGGAAAGGAAUCAGAGAAAGAUCAACUUCCAUGCUUCCUUCCAUACAAAAACGACAAACCUCAACUAGCAAUGUUUGAAGCCAUGAGUGAACAAGAUUAUGCCAAAAUCUCCAAAGUAAUCUCAUCGACCAGUAGAAAGAAUAAUAAUAAUAAUAAUAAUAAGAUUACUGCUCCAACCACCAGUAACAAGAACAAGAAGAAGAUAGAUGCUUCAACAAAUGUUAAGAAUAAUAACGAGAAGAUGGCUGUUUCGACCAAUAGUGAUAAGAAUGAGUUGGAAAACAAGAUAUUAGCAACUCCUGAUAUAAUAAACGUGGAUAACGAGCAAAGACUUAGAUUAUUAUUGCAUCUCAGAGGUUAUUUCGCCAACUACUUUUCCAACAACAAAACUAAUAAUAAUAAUAGUAAAUCCAUUUCAAAUCAAUCCAUUACAAUCAAAGAGCUACCAAAAAAAUCCACUUUUCACUAUGAAGAGAUUAAGAUCAUAGAUUUCAAGAACAAUGGUGAUUGGGUUUACAGAGGUAGUUACAUUAAAGGUGCCAUCAUCGAACGACCGUUACUCAAUAAUAAAGCAACACAUUUCUUGAUAGUAGAUUUAAAUGGCUCUGUUAUCAAUGUUGCGAUCUAUGAUGAAACUAUCAAUAACCAAGCAACAGCCGAUCGAUUAUUCUUUGUUGGUCAGAAAAUAUUCAUUGUCAAUCCAUAUCAUCGAAUUGGUUCAAUUGGUAUCGAUAGAAUUUCAAUGAUCAGAGUCGAUCAACUAUCAGAGAUAUUCACCAACAACACUUCUAAACCAAAUCAACUUUGUUAUAGUUGUCUCGAACCAUUGCAAUCAAAACCAAUCAAAUGUUCAAAAUGUAACGUUGCCAGCUAUUGUUCAAAACAAUGUCAAGCACUUGACAACGGAUUACAUCAUAAAUCAAUUUUGGUAUCUCCAAUCGGUACCUUUAAAUUGAUUGUUGUCUCUCCAUCAAUGACUGGUCAUCGUGAUCUAAAGAAGGCCUUCGAGUGUUUCAGACGAGCUUAUAAUCUUGAAAAUGCAACAAACCAAUUGGCAAAAUGCUAUCUCAAUGGUUUUGGUGUUUAA